AUGAAGCAACGAGAAGAGGAUGUCGAGUCCCAAGCUCAGCUACUUUCUAAGGAGAGUCAGUCACCAUCGAGCGAAGAAUUUGACUACGACGAACCCGAAAACAGUCACCAAAAUCAGUCAUCACGCCGUAGACGUCGGAUAGAACAGAAUCCUUUAUGGCGCCGUAUCCAGUCGUUCACGUUACCUAUCUGGGCGCCUUGUCGCAAAUUCAGCCCUAAAUACUACGUCUUCGCCAUUGUCGUAUCCUUACUCAUCACGCUGUUCAUCUUUAACCCCUAUUCCCCGACAAUACCUACCCAGCAUCAGACAGACGUCGACGUGUCUCCCGGAACCCCAACAAGUACUAUCGCAUCCUCUACAAAAGCCGCAAAGCCCACCGAGAGUUCAACACCUGCAUACAAACCACCAAAACUCGAGGCCAACGACAAAUAUUGCACCACAUGGCCCGUGGGCGAAGAUGGCCGAUACGAACCCAAGGGAGCUAGCCGAGCCAACAAGAUCAAGAUAGAUAGCAUUGCUCCUAAAGGUGGAUGGAAAAAACCAGCGGGUAUCAAAGUCAUCGGUAUGGUCUUUUAUGGCCGUAAGAGAUAUGUGGACCUCUUGGAUUGUUACCUCCAGCAGAAUCUGGCAUCGAAUGGCGGCUACUUUGACGAGGUGUGGUUUAUGGCCCACACCAAGGAAAAAGACGAUGUUAGCUGGAUAGAAGAUCUUGUCCAAAAGACUCCCGGUUAUAAGAUUGUCGGCAAGGGAAAAUGUGAAGGCGAAAAAUAUAAGUGCAUGUGGACUUACGCCGUCGAGGACAAAACUAUCUAUGUCAAAAUAGAUGACGAUAUUGUUUAUAUCCACCCCGACGCCAUCCCUCAACUUGUCCAUACUCGCAUUGCCCUACCUCAUCCGUAUGCCAUCUCGUCAAACCUAGUUAACAGUCCCGUCACGGGAAUGGAGCAAUAUCACUACGGUGCGAUCCACCCCUUUCUCCCGGACCCGAGCAGCAAGCCUUCGUUUCAUGCUGCGGAGACGUGGCGCGCUUCCGAAAAGAAGAAAUAUCCUAAAGACCAACUGGUGGACGAAUAUAAGAUCAUGGACAUGGAACCGUCGUACCGCGGCCACCCUUGGCUCCUUAUAUCUGACGACCACUAUGACCUACUGAAAACACCCAUGGGAAAAUACGACCAGAACCGUGGUUCCGACCCAAUUGCAUUCGGUUUGGCGUGGAAGUCGUGGGCUAUCGGCGCGCAGCAACAAUAUUCUCUCUUGUACAAUCUUGAGCAGAAUAAGAUGCAACGCUAUUUCUUCGGCCGAAAUAUCCGAUACCCGGAAAGCGCUUUGGGACCCAAUGCUUCCGCAGUAGUCUUCCCUAACGGGGACGGCCCCGGUGGUGAGCAGACAUAUGAUACCGGGUACAACCGAUACAACUUGAACUUCUGCGCCGUAUGGGGUUCCGAUAUCAGGGAUCAACUACCCAUUGCCGACGAUGACGAGCAAGAUAUCACUGCGGAUAUUCCUAGACGCAUUGGACGGCCAUUCAAGGAUGGUAUCAAUAAGAGCGAUCUUCUAGAUCGAUGGCGAGCAUUCGCGAACGAAGCGGUCUGCACCGCAAAAAACCAGAAGAAGCCGUGGGAUCUGAUGUGUCCGGACUUCAAAGCCGAGGGUGGUAUGGGACGGUAG